AUGUCGCGCUUUUUGUCGGCUGAUGAAGCUGACUACCAGGCGCUACAGGACAAGCUUCUGCGCCGCUCGUCGGUACAGGAGACUGUAGCUGGUGGUGAUGCGGAUCCCGAGGUCGAGACGGGCUCCAGCCACCGCCUCAGUGCGGGGUCUGGCGAACUAGGCGCUCUCUCUUUGGGCGCAGGCCCAGGUCAUGGCACAUCGAAAAGUCCAUCGCUGCAUCGGAGAAACUCAGAUGAUGCCCAAAGCGUUCCUGUAAGUCCGCAGCUGCGCGCAGAUGCUGGCCGUCGCUCUGGUAUGCCCGACGAGGCGAUGGCUUCGGCUGUUUUGCAUGGAGGCCGCUCUCGCACGGCUGGCAUGCUUCCCGCAACAGAGCUAGGCGUGCGCAAACUGGGCACAUGGGAUGGUGUAUUUAUGCCCGUCACGCUCAAUGUGCUUGGUAUUAUCUUGUUCCUACGCUUCGGGUUUAUUUUGGGCCAGGCUGGCCUUCUCGGUGCUUUGUUCUUGUUGGUUGCGAGCUACGCGAUCGACACGCUCACGGUUCUUAGCCUGAAUGCCAUAUCCACAAAUGGCCAGGUGCGUGGCGGUGGCGCCUACUACCUAAUCUCGCGCUCUCUCGGGCCGGAGUUUGGUGGGUCGAUCGGUCUAAUCUUCUUUUUUGGCCAGGCAUUCAAUACAUCAAUGAAUGUACUGGGUUUCGUGGAGAGUCUGGUCGGCGUGCUAGGUCUUGAAAAGGGCAGUGUGAGUAUGCUGCCAGAAGGCACGUGGUUCUUGUACCUGUAUGGCUCCGUGGUGCUGUGGAUAUGUACACUCGUGUGUCUUUUUGGCUCGUCACUGUUCACGCGCGCUACACUUAUUCUUGCCGUUGUGAUGAGUCUGUCGGUGAUAAGCAUUCCUCUGUCAUCGAUCCUUGUCCGGCCUUUUGAAGACGCCCAUCACGACGUAUACUACACAGGUUGGAGCCUCGUUACCCUCUCGGAAAACCUGUGGCCACGCUUUACAUCUGGCGCGGCAGGAUCCUCGACGGCUCCUAACAAAGAAACGUGGUUCUCUGUCUUUGGUGUGCUGUUUCCUGCUGUAUGUGGUAUACUCGCGGGUGCAUCCAUGUCGGGCGAUCUGCGCAAGCCGAGCAAGAGCAUUCCGAAGGGCACCAACUGGUCACUCGUGUUCACGUUUACUGUGUAUGUGAUGUGCUUUAUCAUUAUGGCGUCCACGAUUCCUCGCGAGUCGCUGUAUUUGAAUGUGGGCAUUGUCAGCGACGUGUCACGGUGGCCUAUCGUUAUUGUCAGCGGCGAGCUGGCCUCGUGUGCAUUCUCGGCCCUGAUGGGGGUUAUGGCGUGUGCCAAGGUGCUCCAGGCUAUUGCUCGCGAUGAUCUACUGCCUCAGCUACUGCCUUUUGCGCAGGGCACGGCACGUUCUGACAUUCCUACUUAUGCGGUGUUGUUCACAGCAGCCUUUUGUCAGCUGGUCCUGCUCCUUGAUUCGAUUAAUAUGAUCGCGCAGCUGGUCACGAUGACGACUCUUUUGACGUUUGGUGUACUGAGUGCGGCUACAUUUGCUCUCAAAGCAGGAGGCGCACCCUCGUUUCGCCCCUCAUUCCGGUACUGGAAUAUAUGGACAGCCGGGGCAGGAACGCUGGUCUCCUUCUUGGCCAUGCUGCUCACAGAUGCAUCGACGGCCUGCAUAUGCAUUGCUGUCACUGCUUUUUUGUUCAUCUGGAUCCAAGUUGUGUCGCCGCCCAAGCCAUGGGGCGAUGUGUCCCACAAUGUGACAUACCACUUUGUGCGCAAGUAUCUCUUGCGCCUCGACGAACGCAAAGGUCAUGUCAAGUAUUGGCGGCCACAGAUUCUGCUGCUUGCGAACCACCCUGACCGCGAGAGGAAUCUGAUCAUGUUCUGCAACUCGCUCAAGAAAGGUGCUCUGUAUGUACUGGGCCAUGUUCUCAAAGGCGACUUUCACGAGUGCCUGCCAGAGCUACGGCAGUCGCACCUGGCGUGGCUCAAACUCGUGGAUGUCAGCCGCAUCAAGAGUUUUGUUGACGUGGUCAUUGCGCGUGACGAGCGUGAAGGUGCGCGGAACCUGAUUCUCUCAUGCGGUCUGGGCGGUAUGCGGCCAAAUAUUAUUGUGUUAGGCUUCCCUUCUGCGCUAGAGGACGUUCCGCUGCCGCCCACUACGCCGCCACCCCGGGAACUCGAAUCUGUGCCCGAGCUUUCGGACGACGCAGCUCCUACCUCUGCGCCGAUCCGCACGGCGACCUACGUCGGCAUUCUGGAAGAUGCACUUGCUCUGAACAAGGCGCUGGCCGUCGCUUACAACUUUUCGCGCAUGACGCUCCCGAGCCAGGACUCCGUAUACAACAAGUCCGAGAGGUAUAUUGACCUGUGGCCGAUCCAAAUUGCCAAUCCUACAAGCAGCGCGGAGCCGACGUGGGAUACCUAUACCAUGGUGCUGCAGCUCGGCACAAUUCUCAGCUUUACUGGCACGUGGCGGCACCACAAGCUACGGGUGAGUGUAUUUGUGGAGCAUCCCGACGAGCUGGCCUCGGAAAGUGCGCGUGUGCGGACGCUGCUAGAUAAUCUGCGGAUCCCCGCGUCUCUGCGUGUGUUUUGCCUCUCGAAUGGCAGUGUGCCGCGCUACGAUGCCAUUGUGCUUGGGAAGCGCGCACUGGAUGCAGACGUGGCCGAUGUGCUACGCUCAGAUCCGUGGUGGCGCCAAAUAUGCGAGAUGCGGCGAGCGCAGGAGCAGGCUCACCAGGCCGCCUCACAGCCGCGUGCGGAGCCGAUGGACGGUGCGGUGCGGCGCAGCAGCAGCCAAAGUGGCGGCGUGCGUCGCCGGCCAAACCCGCGGCAGUUUGGCGUGAGUCUGCCAGAUGAGCACCUGGCGUACCACCAUAACAAUAUUCGGCUAGGUUUGGCGCAUCCUCGAUCACGGGAAGACAGCGAUGACGAGGUGGAUGGGUUGGAUAUGGAGAGCGAUGGUGGGUUUGACGAGUUGGAGAACGAAUUGGCGUCUCUGGCUGUCGAUUGGGAUCCCAAGUAUCUGAUUCGCGCGCGCCGUCGGCAGGCCGAAGAGACGAAACGGCUGCUCGGUCAAACGAAUACCAGCUCGUCGUAUGGCUCACUGUCGUCAUCGCAGCGUACCUUAACGCCGGCGAUGGUGCAGAGUAGUGCCGAUCCACCGGCGGACGGUACCAAGGCAGAUACGCCCAAACGGUCUCCCCGUUCCUCCACUGUUAACAGCGAUCUACGGUCACCGCCUGUGAUGCGUCGAGCGCGGGGGCGCGCUCCAACGCUCUCGUUUAAUGACUUACCAGACCGGGCGCAGUAUCUCAUCCUCAAUGAGCUGAUCCGGCUAAAUUCAGGCCCUAGCACUUCGGUGGUGCUUACAGCGCUCCCGGCGCCGGCGCCGGGCACAUCGACGACAGAGGAAGAAAGCCUGGCGUACCUGCACCAGCUACGGCAACUCUAUGGCGGCGGCCCGCCCGUGCUGGGCGUGCAUGCGACAACGCUUACCAUGACCAUGACACUCUAG